AAUUGCAAAUUCCAAAUACAAAAAAAAUAGAACUACAUACACACAAAACCGAACGAAAAAUUAAUAGAAACAGUGUAAUUAUAUGCGAAAUUUCAUCACACAAAGUACAAUUGAACUGCAUUUAAAUAAAAUUCGUAACCGAAAGCCAGAUAAGAGACAUAAACAAUGUUGAAUGUUAUCAAGAAGCAAAAUUUGAGCCGGAGCUUGAUAAACGGACUCCGCAAUGUCGCAAUUCGCGAAGUGCAUACGCCACGAAGAGCUCUCAUGUACGUGCCCAGCGACGAUAAACGAAAGUUGCGCAAAUCUCGCGAGUUGGAGGCCGAUUGCAUUGCCUUGGAUUUGGAGGAUGGCGUAGCGAACAAUAAAAAAGACGCCGCUCGUCAAAUUGCUCGUGCUUUCUUCGAUGCCGGUAGCAAUAACCCCGUUGAAGGUCAUAAAGAAUCGCAUCGUCGUGCAGAAUGGGCUGUACGUGUCAACUCGGUGUGCAGCAACUUGUGCGAGGAGGACCUAAAAACAAUCCUUGGUGGCGAAAUAAAACCGGAAACAAUACUCUUGCCGAAGUACAAUGAAACGGAGCAACUUCGCCAGUUUGCCGAUUGGGUAAACAAAGCUCUGGCUGAUGCCGAGCACAAAAUUAACUUGAUUUUCUACGCGGAAUCGUGCAAAGCGGUGAUGCGUUUGCCCGAGCUCUGUGAGUACGCGGUGCAAUUGAGUCAAGUGCCAGGUGCCAAGUUUAUUCCCGUUAGCAUUGUCUUUGGCAGUGAUGAUUUUUGUGCGUCAGCUGGAUUAACGCGCACCGAGGAGGGAAAGGAGAUUUUGUAUGCUCGACAACGGAUCGUAACUGUUGCCAAGGCAUUUGACUUGCAAGCCAUCGAUAUGGUAUACACGGAUUACACAAAUCUCGAGGGUUUGAAGGCGCAAGCAAAGGAAGGCGCCAAAUUCGGAUACACUGGGAAGCAAGUCAUUCAUCCGUGCCAGUUGGAGAUUGUGCAAAAGGCGUUUGUGCCGUCGUCCGAAAAGGUCGAAUGGGCAUCGGAGUUACUGAAGGCAUGGGAUGAGCACGAGAAAGACGGCGUCGGAGCAUUUACGUUCAAAAAUAAGAUGAUUGAUGCUCCCACAAUGAAACAGGCGCAAAAUAUUCUCGAAAUUAUGAGAUCCGUUCAAUGACAUGAACGAGGUGUGCACAAAAAGUAAAAAUAAAAAUCAUGACGAAACCCGAAUGCACCUUACCUCAUUUUUUUACAAACGACUAAACAACUAACAUACGAAAGCUUUGCAGAUUUUUAAGCAAUCAGAAAAAAAAUAUGUUUAACGUAUACAAAGUGGUUAAACAUUAUAAUUUUGGAAGCCCUUGCGAGUCAUAAAAAUACGAAUAGCAGCACAAUGAUUAAUUAAAACAUGUUGUUAUAUAUCCUUAUCAGAAUAAAAUAAAAUUAUA